UUCCUUAUUAAUGCAAAAAGCUCCUCCUUCAGUGUUGUCUUUCUAGGAACUCAAAGUUGGCUGCCUUAUCUUCUCCUAGCAGGAAGGACAUUUGCCUGCCUGCAUUUUAUCAUCAGCAGCAACAGAACCCUCCCAGUCCUUUGUGCUGUAAAAAACUUGUAGCAAGCCGACAGCACCAACCACACUGAGACCACUUUGUCUUCUUCAGGUGCUCUUUCUCCUUUGAGCCAUUUCUGCCACCAGUGCAGCGAUGGAGGUGAGAACCAGGAAGCUCUUUGGUGCCUUUCUGUGUUGCAUAGGAUUCCUCCUGGCCUUUUCAAGGGCUCAGAACGAAGACUCAGUAGUCCACUUGACGGAAAAAGUGGUGAAAUUUGGAGACUUCUUUGUGCUAAACUGCAGCAGCAACAGCAGCAGCAGCAGCAGCUGUGAUAUUCAGGAGGAAUCUUCCUUCAGCUAUAAUUAUACAGAAGUUGGGCCCACCUGGAAAGUUUUCACUUUCGUUGUCAAUAAUUGGUCACUCCGUGUAUCAUGUGUGGUGAACUGUACAAAUAACGAAAUCAGCUAUCCAGAAACAAUUGUCACAGUUUACCAACCUCCAGAGAGUGUUGAACUGGACCCAAUGCCAGAAAUGGAGGUGGGCAAGCCAUAUGACUUGACGUGCCAGGUUUCUGGUGUAGCCCCCAUCCGGAACCUCACCAUGACCUUGUUGAAAGGGGCAGAGCAACUUCUGGUAAAGACCUUUGAGGAUCAUACUGCACCUGAAGCAGGUCCUGUUGUGGUGAAACAUAGAAUAAUAGCUCAGCGAAAUGACCACAACAAGAUAGUCUACUGCCACACAUCCCUGGAUCUGAGACCAAGAGGACCACUCCUGAAAAAAAACAACUACAGCAUAUUAAAGAUUUUUGGCAUCUCUGAAGAAACAGUUUCCCCACAGAAUGGGGCAGUGACUCAGAGAAAUCUACCCUGGUUAGACAACAACCUUACUUCCGACUCCUUGAUUGACUGGAGUCCGUCCAUAAGUCCUGGAGUGGAAAGAACAAUAAAACAAACUUACCAACCUCUUGUGCGGUUAACCCUGGAGCUCCAGAAGCCCUCACCAGGCCAAAGCUGGACCUAUCACCUGAUAUGCCACAUAUUAAGGGUACAUCCCUGCUGUAAUCUUACUGUGACCUUUUUCAAAGGGUCAAAGAGUUUUAAUUCACCAAGUUCCAUAAACUGUACUUGGCAUGAAGUAACAAACAUUACAAUCCCUCUCCCUGUCAUCCUCCACCCAGAGGACCAUGGUCAGAAAGCUUAUUGUCACACAGCUGUGUAUUUCAGCCUCCAUGAGCCGGCCUAUCAAACCACGUCCUCAGGACUUUCACUCAAGACUGAUGAAUCCUAUUUGGCUAUCACUGUAGCUGCUGUUGCCACUGCUCUUUUGCUGGUCAGUGUGCUAGUGGUCUUCCUCAUCUUCAUCAUUAGACUUUGGAUCCGUAAAUACAGUGGAAAGGGCAACUGAAUGAAUCAAACAAAUAUAAUUUAAGAAGAGAGACCAGGGUAGAAGUUCUGUUUUAUGAACAUCUCAUUUGCAAGGAACGUAUCAUGACACAGAGGUGAAUCACUUUGUAUGUGGAAAAAGUAUUAAGGCUUUAACAAAAGCUCACGAUAUCAUAUCCAGACCUGAUUUUGAGCUUGUGGAAAUUGGAAUCAGAAAAACGUCUUCCACUCCCUGGCAUUCUUCUUUCUGCUUAAAAUGUCCCAUUCAGAAGUACCAAAGCUGCAAUGACGGGCUGGUGUCAUAAACCUUUGUGAGAUGGGUUCCCAUCAAUUCAUAGCUUGAAGGAUAGUUCACAUUUGAGGACUUUUUGAUCAUUAUAAAAUGAGCAAUGAUUAUGCAUAUUUUUUUACAAGAACUAUGUUUCCUAGUAGAUGUACAUGUUAAAGGAAUGUCAAUAAUCAUGGAUGAUAUAUUCAAUCUUUUAAUAAAUUGACAGGGCAAUAUUAUAUUCAUGUAAAUUCCCUCCCACUUCCCAUAACGUAUAUAAUAUUACAGAAUGUAGUGAAUAAUGCAUUUAUUAGCAAUGCAAUAACUUUGUAACUAUAACACUUUGACAGGAGGUAGUGAGAUAUGAGUACAAAUGUAUACAAAAUUGGGGACAUUUGCUAGAAAAAAACAUGCAGGAAAGGGCAGCAUCAGAACAUAAAUUAGCACACUGAAAUCAAAGGACAUUUUGUAUACAACAAUGCUAAAAGUCUAUAUUUCAAGGUCCUUCAGAGUGCUUUUCAGUAACUAGCUACAGACAUUUAAGGGAACAGGACAAUUGCCUAUACCUGAAUGACUGAAAGCAGGUCUUAAGGAAGCAUAGGAACAUACAGCAAUAAUUCAGUGGAUCAGGGAAGAAUAAUUUUAUGACAGUCAAUAGACCAGGGGUAAGAAGACAAAAAUUAUAGCUGCAAGAACAACAACAUAGUACAUAAUGCAACACAACACCACAGUAAUACCCAAAGACUACCUUAUACCCAAAAUAACUGUAUAGUAGUCUUUCCAUCGACAUGUUGCUUUCUCAUUCUAACAGCCACUUAAAGAAACUUAGCCCUUAGAAGAAUUUUAUCUUCCAACAAAUGUUUAGUAUAACAUCAAGUGAUUUGCUUGGCAAGGCAAUCAAUAUAGGAGCGAUCAACUGCUAUUGGACUCCAGAGCAAACAGAGGAAAGUGCUCGACUCGGCUUCUUGUCCUUUGCAUGGAUAACCCCUGAAAGGCUGAGGAAUUCCUGCGUGACUUUUCUGCAGAACCUGGGAGGGAAGGAUGUUCCAUCAGGACUGAGGAUAAAGGCUGUUCAGUAGAGGAUAACAUGAAGAUAAGCAACUGACUAAAAAGCAUCUUCAAAUAAAAUGUUAAAAUUGCUGGGUGAACAAGAUGAGUGACCGUAAACAGAGAUAUCCUGAAGGGAAAUGAAGAAAGAAAAAAAUGCUUUAUUAAGUGCAAGUGCAGAAUUAUACCCACCUGAUAAAGUGUGAUAGCCCAAUAGGAUGAGCUCUUUAGGCUACCAGAGUCACCUAGGAUUAAUGGUGGCCACCUGGAGCAAGCUACGCUAAAGAUACAGACACUCAGCCAGAGCACCAGGGCAAACAGCCGUGCUCUGACCUCUAAAGAGGCUUAAGAAAAGACUUCUGCACUGGCUCAGAGGCACUCACCAGCAACGAUGAAGAACCAGCCACCAUGGAACAUGACAAACAAGGGCCAUGAGGAAGACACUGCGUUAGAAACAAUAUCUUCUAACAGAACUAGCAAACGAAUAUAAACCUAUCCCAUGUGAUUCUGUUCUAUCUGCUUUUUUGAGUAGAUCUGCUUUUAAAAGUUUGCCAAACACCUACAGUAGGUUUAAAAAAAAUAAAAAUGGUGCUUUCUUAACCAUGCCAACAAAAAUAUGUGUGUGUAUAACUGGAUGACAAGAUGAAAUAAGAAUCCCCCCCCCCAUA